AUGAGGGGCAGAGUGAGAUGGGAUGAAGCCAAUAUUGGGGAAAUUGAAGCAAAUAAACCUGUAAGACAGAAGAUUACAGAGCCAAAGACACCAUAUCAUCCUAUGAUUGAAGAUGAUGGAUCAUUAUCUCCUAUAAGAGGAGGAAGCUUUGAUGAGGCCUCUCAAGAUGGGGUCAAUGCAGAAGAAAUAUGUUGUGCUUUAAAUGAUGUGGCUUCUUCCAGUAAAAGCACCUCAAGACGCACAGGUUGGACUUCAUCCGAGGAUGAAGAAGAGCCUAUGGAGCAAGACGAGGAAGGUUCUGACUCGGAGAGAAGCAGAUGCUUCAGAGAGCACCGGCGAGCUCAUUAUGACGAGUUUCGAAAAGUGAAGGAAUUGCGAAGGAAGGGAUCUUUACUUGAAGAUACUUCGGAAGAUGAGCGUGAAAAUGGCGAGACAAAGACGAAGGGGCAUGACCCAUCUGCCUUAGCUGACGGAGUGAAAGAAAUAGAGAUAGACGGGGACAAUGAAGAUGUCAACUCAUCUUAG